AUGUCUACUUCAGACAAACGGAUGGAAGAUGCUGUGCGGCUGAAGGAGGAGGGGAAUAAAUAUUUUCAAAACCAGAAUUAUGAAGAAGCCUCCAGAAGCUACAGCCAGGCUCUGACACAGACCAAGGACAAAGCUUUGCUGGCCACUCUGUACCGCAACAGAGCAGCCUGUGGGCUGAAAACGGAGAGCUACACUCAAGCAGCAUCAGAUGCAUCCAAAGCCAUUGACAUUAAUGCUUCAGACAUCAAGGCCCUGUUCCGAAGAUGCCAGGCUCUGGAGCAGUUGGGUAAGCUGGACCAGGCUUUCAAGGAUGUGCAGCGCUGUGCUACACUUGAACCCAAAAACCGGAACUUCCAGGAGACUCUGAGGCGCCUCAACUCUAGCAUCCAUGAGAAACUCCAUGUCCAGUUUUCCACAGAUUCCAGGGUGCAGAAGAUGUUUGAGAUCUUAUUGGAUGAGAAUAGCGAGACAGAGAAGCGUGAGAAGGCAGCCAACAACCUCAUCGUCCUGGGCCGAGAAGAUGCUGGAGCUGAGAAGAUUUUCCAGAACAAUGGAGUGGCCCUCAUCUUGCAACUACUGGACACCAAGAAGCCAGAGCUGGGGUUGGCUGCUAUCCGGACGCUGUCUGGCAUGUGCGAUGGGCAUCAGGCAAGGGCAAUGGCAAUCCUGCACACGAUUCAAAUGGAUCGCCUCUGUGGGUGGAUGGCGGUGGAGGAAGAGGAGAUCUCCCGGGCCGUGUGCAGCCUUCUUCAGACCAUCAUCGAUGCCUUGUCUGGGGAGGACAAGCGAGGUCAUCAUGGGAAGGAAGAGGCGCUCGUUCUUGACACCAAGAAGGACUUGAAGCUCAUUGCUAGCCACCUACUGGACAUGCUGGUCAAUAAGAAAGUAUCUGGCCAGGGCAGGGACCAGGCCCUGAACCUACUCAACAAAAACAUCCCCAGGAAGGACCUGUCCAUUCAUGACAAUUCCCGGUCCAUCUAUGUGAUAGAGAAUGGCCUGAGAAAGAUCCUAAAGGUGGUGGGGCAGGUACCAGAGCAGCCCUCCUGUCUGCCACUGACCGACAACACCCGCAUGUUGGCCUCCAUCCUUCUCAAUAAGCUCUACGACGAUCUCCGUUGUGACCCUGAGAGGAACCACUUCCGCAAGAUCUGUGAAGAGUACAUCACCGGCAAGUUUGAUCCCCAGAACAUGGACAAGAAUGUGCAUGCCAUCCAGACGGUGUCAGGGGUCCUCCAGGGCCCCUUUGACCUGGGGAACCAGUUGUUGGGGAUGAAGGGCGUGAUGGAGAUGAUGGUGGCCCUGUGUGGUUCUGAUCGGGAGCAGGACCAGCUGGUGGCAGUGGAGGCCUUGAUUCACGCUUCCACCAAGCUCAGCCGAGCUACCUUCAUCAUCACCAAUGGCGUGACCUUGCUCAAAGACAUCUACAAGACAACCAAAAAUGAGAGGAUUAAGAUCCGCACUCUGGUGGGUCUCUGUAAACUUGGCUCUGCAGGGGGCACCGACUACGGCCUCAGACAGUUUGCUGAAGGCUCCACAGAGAAGCUCGCCAAACAGUGUCGGAAGUGGCUGUGUAAUGUAAACAUAGAUACGAGGACCAGGCGCUGGGCUGUGGAGGGCCUGGCCUACCUCACACUGGAUGCGGAUGUGAAAGAUGACUUCGUCCAGGACAUUCCUGCCUUACAGGCCAUGUUCGAGCUAGCUAAGACCAGUGACAAGACCAUCCUGUACUCCGUGGCUACCACCCUGGUGAACUGCACCAAUAGUUACGAUGUGAAGGAGGUCAUCCCCGAGCUGGUGCAGCUGGCCAAGUUCUCCAAGCAGCAUGUGCCUGAGGAACAUCCCAAGGACAAGAAGGACUUUGUGGAAAAGCGGGUGAAGCGGCUGCUGAAGGCUGGGGUAAUCUCCACAUUAGCCUGCAUGGUAAAAGCUGACAGCGCCAUCCUUACGGAUCAGACCAAAGAAUUAUUGGCCAGGGUAUUCCUGGCGCUGUGUGACAAUGCAAGGGAUCGGGGCACCAUUGUGGCUCAAGGUGGUGGCAAGGCUCUGAUACCGCUGGCUCUCGAAGGCACUGAUGUGGGCAAGGUGAAGGCUGCCCAUGCUUUGGCAAAGAUUGCAGCUGUCUCCAACCCUGACAUUGCUUUUCCUGGGGAAAGGGUGUAUGAGGUAGUACGUCCAUUGGUACGACUCCUGGACACACAGCGGGAUGGACUCCAGAACUAUGAAGCUCUCCUGGGUCUGACUAAUCUGUCAGGCAGGAGUGAAAAACUCCGGCAGAAGAUAAUUAAGGAGAAGGCUCUGCCAGACAUUGAGAAUUACAUGUUUGAAAACCAUGACCAGCUUCGGCAGGCAGCCACUGAGUGCAUGUGCAACAUGGUGGUCAACAAAGAGGUACAGGAACGGUUCCUGGCUGAUGGGAAUGACCGACUGAAGCUGGUGGUGCUGCUGUGUGGGGAGGACGAUGACAAGGUCCAGAACGCAGCAGCCGGAGCCUUGGCCAUGCUGACUGCCGCCCAUAAGAAGCUCUGCCACAAGAUGACCCAAGUGACACCCCAGUGGCUGGAGAUCCUGCAGCGACUCUGCCUUCAUGACCGUCUGUCAGUCCAGCACCGCGGCAUUGUCAUUGCCUACAAUCUGCUGGCAGCUGAUCAGGAGCUGGCCAAGAAGCUGGUGGAGAGUGAGCUGCUGGAGAUUCUGACCUUCGUGGGCAAGCAGGAACCUGAUGAGAAGAGGAAACAGGUGGUGGAGGCUGCCAGGGACUGCCUCAUCAAGUGUAUGGAUUAUGGCUUCAUCAAACCCUUCUCUUAGACCAGGGGCCAGAAGGAGGGACAGCCGCUGGGGCCCGUGUCCUGGGCAUGGGACUGGAUCAGGGGCUCCUGGAUCAGCUGGGAGUGGAGAGUGGAUUUCCACCCCCAUCACCCCCUACAGAGGACCAAUGAGAAAAUGGCAUCCUAUUUUGAUCUUUGUGCCCUGAGCUGUGCCCUGCUGCCGUUUACCAUGUGCCCCAAGAGGCCCUGGCUGACCCAGUGCUACGCCCCCAUCCCCACCUCCUAUGACUGCUAAAGGGGUCAGAGAGGAGUAAUUGGAGAAAAGCUAUAAGUUCUUCUCCACCAACUCCAGAG